AUCAUCAACAUUAUUGACAGAUCAAGACGGAAGUCAACAAACUGGAAUCAACUUCUGGGGUUGGUCGUGCUAAAAUAACUCUAUAAAUAAACUAAUGAGUAAGUAAGAGGCGGCUGUCUUGCAACACUAUCAUAAGGAUCCGAUAAGGUCGUCAUUUACCUUUGAACAGAUAAAGAGGAAGUGAAACUGUCAAUCAUGCCGUUGGAAUUUCUGUUUGGUCGUAAAAAGACCCCAGAGGAGAUGCUCCGCCAGAACCAAAGAGCUCUUAACAAAGCCAUGAGGGAACUGGACAGAGAGAGGCAGAAAAUGGAGCAACAGGAAAAGAAAGUGAUAGCUGACAUCAGGAAAAUGGCAAAACAGGGACAAAUGGAUGCUGUCAAGGUCAUGGCCAAAGACUUAGUGAGAACCCGCAGAUAUGUUAAAAAGUUCAUUUCCCUCAAGGCAAAUAUUCAGGCAGUGUCAUUGAAAAUUCAGACCCUCAAGGCCAACAACACGAUGGCUCAGGCUAUGAAAGGAGUAACCAAGGCGAUGGCAACCAUGAACAAACAGCUGAAGCUCCCUCAAAUCCAGAAGAUCAUGAUGGAGUUUGAGAAGCAGUCAGAAAUCAUGGACAUGAAAGAAGAAAUGAUGAGUGAUGCCAUUGAUGAUGCUCUGGGCGAUGAAGACGAUGAGGAGGAAAGUGACGCCAUCGUUUCACAAGUACUUGAUGAGCUUGGCUUGCAGAUGGCCGAUGAAAUGUCAGGCCUCCCGAGCACGGGCCAGGCUCUGAGCGCCGGGGCCAGCAAACAGCCACAGGCAGCCGCCGCUGUAGGGGACGCAGACGCCGAUCUGGAGGCUCGCCUGGACAACCUCAGGAGACAGUAGUGGACGAACCGAUGAACCACCGGGGGGGAGGGGGGGGGGGAGCAGCCGGACAGUGGGGAGACUAGUAGCUGAACUGCGAAGAGAAGUAGGCGAACGGCAAGAGCACCAGUCCAGUAUUUAUUACAGCGUUUCAACUGGGAUAUUUGUGGACAUUAUUAAUGUAGAACGUGAAGCGCUCAUUUAUAAUCAAAGGAAGAGGACUGGGUUUUUAUUUCGGGCAGGGAACGAAAUAAACUUGAAGAAUGUUUGCAUACAAUGCGUGGAAGGGAGGUGAAUGUGAAGAGCUUGAUGUACGCUGUAGAAGAAGCUACAGAGUCUGGAAAAUUAAAUUACGAAUGGGCUGUAUCUAGGUAGAACUUGGAAAGUACACACACAUUCAGUGUAAAUUGUGGAAAAGCAAGAGUUAAUUUUGAAAGUGAUCAGAGAUUACUUUCUUGGUACAAGCCUCACAAGUAAGCUAUUGUUGAAAUAAAAUUUGGCCUUCCCUCACUCUACAAGAUUUCCUCGGAACUGCUCUGUGUUUCAUUGUGCUCAAAGCGAUGUGAGGGAAGUUAUAGCACACAGAUGAUGGGUACUCAAAUAUCUUGAGGAUUUGGAUAGAUGUAUUAUAUGUGUGUGGAUCCUACGUGCUCAUUUAGUGGAUGUAGUCCUUCCUUACUUCUAAUGGGAUAAACGUACAUUUAUAUUCUCUAAUUCUCUACGUCCUCCUGUUGUACAUGAAAACAUUGACUUUCGUUAAAUGAUGAUCUUGUGCCUGCAUUCUGUACAACACGCGGAGGUCGGCAGUGUGUGUGUGUGUGUGUGUAGAUUGAGCUGUAAACAAAAAAGGUCAAAGGUCUUCUACUUCACUGAAUCCUCAUCCCCUUACAUGACAAGGCUUGGAAGGGGGGGUGUUGUUGUUGUGUGUGUGUGUGGUAGCCUAUCCGUACGAAAUGUUUGGAGCCCCGAAGAGCGUGCUCUUCGCCAGGGCCACCGCCUCCCUUGGGUAGCGGGUGAGGCAGUCCAACCUCCCUGAAUCCCCCCCCCCCCGAAGAGAUGCCACCGUUGUUGUUGUUUGGGAAUUUGCGGCAAAUGUCACCCAGGUUAUACAAUAUUGCUUAUCCGUGACUGCACAUGCAGUCUUGGCUUUUUUUUUUCUUCUACUUUCCCCUCCGAGAUCCAUUUUUCGUACAGAUACCAUUGUAUCAUAUUGUAAGUAAGAAAAAUGUCCCAUCAAACUGUCGGGCAAUGAGACAUGGGGCAACUUGAACUGGGCUGGGUCUCUUCAUCAGCGUUCAGUUUGCUGUAAUUCGGGUAUAUGAUAUUAUACUAAUAUAAUAUAUGGGUAGCUUUGAUGUAAAAUUAAAAUACUAAAUUCUCAAAAUGUAGAUAUCUUCCUUCUACAAGUCGUCUACAGUGUGUGUCCUUGAAACUGUUUUAAGUAAAACGAGUUAUCGUUUUUGUUUUGUACGAAAUUAGCCUUUUUCUUUUUAUCUGGCACAAGAAAACUUGUGGAUUUUUGUUGGAUUUCAGGGCAUAGAACAAGAUUAGUGAAGAAAAUUUAGGAUCAAGCUCUGUGUUCAACUUGUCUUUUUUUUCUUGCUAGAGUUGGAUACGCUUGAUUCUGAUAUGUUCAAGAUUUCUUAUUAUAUCUUCUCAAUUCUUUGUCAGAUGUGAGGGUGGCAAUGGCAAGGUAAUUAACAAUAGACGUUUGUGUGUUUGAGCUGCUUGAAAAAGUGUGAUGUUGAGAACCUUCCAGAAGUUUUCAGUUACUUAACAUAGGCUUGUCAAUGUAUUUUUGAAGGUUGGUGCACUGAUGCUGGGCAGCUUUUCUUCAGUUGUCAUUAAACACACUGCAUACACACGGCCUACACCGUUUUGGAAUGAAAGCUUAAAAUUAGGUCAGUCACCGGAACAUUUUCAGAGUGAUUUUUGUGAAAGUGUUUACAUUCUGUGAGUGGUGAAGUGAGAUUUUUUUUGUAAUUUUGACUUUUAUUCAGAGAUUGUUGGUAUCUUAGGCUGUCCCUGUCGUUUUGGGCAAGAACAAUUUUGAAUUUAUGCAAACUGAGCCCAAAAAUGUGAAAUUAUGCGAUUCUGUUAAUUUUAACAAAAAAUGAUAAAGGAAAAUAAUCAGAAAUUAUGCAAAAAAUAUCAAAUUUUGCUAAAUUAUGAAGGUUAUCAAUUUUCUUCAGCUAGCCUGGCUCUGAAUGCCCUUAAUUCUGUUGUCCUUGAAAUCAGUCCAUCUAACAUGUCCUAUGUGUGACGUUGGGUAAUUCCCCCAGACAACACAGAACAUCAGUUGUGCAGUCUGUCUCUCAAGUAGAAGGCCUACUACUCUACUUUGGUAGAGGUUGAAGGCACCAAACAUAAUUCAUUCAUGUUUGUCAAGAGUUUUUAUAGCAUUGCUUGAUUGAAGGGUUUGCAUAAAAUUGUUCGGCCAUUUGGCCAUGAUGACCCUGUGUCUGCCACAAACUGUACAGUAAGAUUUGCGGGAACUUUUUUUUUUGGGGGGGGGGUGGUGUUUGGGUUUUGUUGUUUUUUUAUUUAGGGUCACAUUAAUGGGGUCAGGCACAGAUUGGUCAACAAAUAAAUCAAAGGAAUUUUAUUUUACUUGAGGAAUAAAAAAAACAACUUUAAUUAAUGAAAUUAUCCCAGAACACUUCAGCUCCAAUUUGGCAUAACUGAGUAAAAUCCACAUUUGAAAAAAAGAUGUGUAACUUCACACAGUGCCAGUGACCUUGUUUUGUAACAGUAGAAAAUUAUGAUUUGAACAAUUCUGGAGUUGGCCCAUUUGUGCCUAACACCAUCAAUAUAUGGUCGCUUUCAAGCACAAAGGGGCUAUCCCAAAAAAUGCUGUUUUGAGAAAAUCAUUGGUAAAGUUUUGCCUCUUGUUCAGUUUCUCUCAAAGACAAGGAGAGUUUUUUCUAUAACCAGACAUACACACCAAUGAAAUCAAACUUCUCCUAUAGAUAGGGUAAUGCCCACUUUUAGUGUGGGUCAAGAUUUUGGGAAACCCUGGAAAUUUGGGUUAGCCCGCUUGUCCUCAAAAGCGACCAUAUUGAAUGAGAGUGUAUAAGAAGAAAAUCUGAGGUUUUGACUGAGGUAUAAUUGGUUUUUGUGUGUAUGUUAUGUUUAUUAAGUGGUAGCUGCUGGCAUCUAGACUAGACCAGCUACAGAUCACGCGACAAGUUGUGUCGUCAUCAUACACAGAAGAAAUGUGUAAGCUACUCAUACAAACACGAAAUGUUUUGUGAGCAACUUUGUGAAAGCUAUUGCAAUGUCAAAGUCUGUACCUUUCAUUCUGUAAAUAAUUUAAAAAAUAUGUACAAUUUUUAA